UUCUGCCAAUGACACACAAACACAGUUUCCUGUUUAGUUAUGUAGUUGGCAGAAGCGAUGAAGCGACUCAAGUGAGCAAUACUCAAACUCUGCGACUAGAGAAGGAGGUGGAUGUUGUUUGGCUUCAUAUGAAUAAUGCCUCGUCAAGGCAUUUAUCCAACAGGCUAGAUGUUAUCCCCUGCCAGCCAUCCUAUUGGCAUCACAGUGCACAGUGUAAGAAAGGAGAGAUCCAAUGAGAUACGCAUGCACUUCCUGAUCAUUAUGCUUGCGUCAAAACUUCCACUGACCUCUCCUGUCACCUCCCAGUGUUUUGGUCUCGCUACGGGACAGGGCACAAGCGACGGAUGGGGGCGUGGCCAGGCAGGAAAUGUAGAUAAAGGCUCUUAAAGCGCUGAGCCACUGACUAGAGGGACUCUUUGGGUAGAAUAAUUUGCCACAAGACCACAAGUAUUUACCAGGACAUCGUACAAACGCCAGCCCUUUGGAUAUCUUUGAGACCAGAAUUUUUUUAUUGGUGGACAGUGCUGAGGCUAGAGCUGGGCUGUAAUUGCAGAUUUGGUUGUGGUAAAAGGUUCUGCAGUGUUUGAAAGCACCUAAUUAGUAGGUGGAGAGUUUUUGAGUGUGGAAGUUAUGCUGUGGUGUUCAGUAGCUUCCUUGAAAUAUAAUGUUCGUGCUUGACACUGACCUGCUCAGCGAGUACUUGUUUAAAAUUCAACCAGGUAUUUCCUGUCAGCUUAGGGAUAUUUUAAUGUGUUAAUCGAGGCGAGAGAGACACGUUAGUCAGAGGCACAUUCUCUCACGCAUAUUGAAGCUUGUGGGUAAAAAGUAAAAAUAUAAUCAUUUCCCAGGCAAAACAUUAUUUUGACGCAAUGCAACAUUUUUAUCACAAACUGGCCUGACACUUGGCCAAAGUUUUAUUUCUCUCUGGAUCUGAUUCUAAAGAUCCUUUGACGUGUCAGGUUGGAUGUGUCCUUCCUCUUAAGACACAUAACAGAAGACACAGAGGUCUAGUUCAGUGCACCAUUGCCCGGCGUGGCGUCCUUUCCUUAUGAGCUCCAAUAAGAGAUAUGUAAUACGCCGCCGCUGGGAUGCUAACACUGUGGAAGUGGACUCCCGGUGCCCGGACACGGGCUCCCACACGGACGGCUCAUACAUCCAGACCUCUUCCUACCAGCGGGGCCCCGAGCUCUACACUGACAGCGUCGGCCCUCUGGGACCCAGGGGCCCUCCUGGUGUGUCGGGCCCCGGCUCCGUGGGCUUGGCCUGGGCGCUGCGCACGCGCCACCAGCCCGCCAGCCUAGCCCUGCGCAAACAAGAGGAGGAGGAGAACAAGCGAUGCAAGGCCCUGGAUAGUUAUGAGCUCUCGACAGACCUGCAGGACAAGAAGGUGGAGAUGUUGGAGAGAAAGUACGGCGGCUCCUUCGUAAGCCGCAGAGCAGCCAAGACCAUCCAGACGGCCUUCCGGCAGUACCGCAUGAACAAGAACUUUGAGCGUCUCCGCAGCUCGGCCUCGGAGAGCCGCAUGACCCGGCGCAUCAUCCUGUCCAACAUGCGGCUGCAGUACUCCUUCGACGAGCGGCAGCCGCAGCAGCAGGCCCAGACGCAGACCAACUUCACCCACAGCGUCGCCAUUGGCCCCCCGCACUCUCCGGAUGUGGACCGCCCCGCAAACUACACACACUUAGAGGACUCCUUCUCCAAGCAGGUGAAGUCCUUGGCCGACUCCAUAGACGACGCCCUGAGCUGCCGCACCGCGGGCCGCGACGACUCCCAGGAGGGGAGCCGGGAGGGCGGGGACUUCGGGGAGUGCGUGUGGAGCAGCAGCAGCAACCCGUCCUCCCAGAGGGGCCUGGGGGAGCGGGCCCGGGCCAGCAUGCACGGGGACAGCACCGCCACCUCCUACAGCGACGUCACCCUCUACAUGGACGACUGCAUGCCCUCCUCGCCGCUCUCCCUGGACCGGGCGCCCAGCAGCACCGACACCGAGUACUGGGGCCCCGGCGGCGGCGGCGUGGCCGUGCGCGAGGACAGCCGCGACACCGAGGGCGGGGGCAGCGGCAACAGCCGCCGCAGCACGCCGUGCACCGAGUGCCGGGACUACCGGCUGAGGGGCGCCCACCUGCCCCUGCUCACCAUCGAGCCCCCCAGCGACAGCUCGGUGGACAUGAGCGACCGCUCCGACCGCGGCUCCCUCAGCCGCCAGCUGGUGUACGAGCAGGAGCCGGGGGCGGCCACCGGCUCCCCCCAGGGCACCCUCAAGCACGCGCCCAACAUGGCGACCCGGCCCGCCUCCACCGCCACCGCCCAGGGCCAGACGCGCGCCGUGGGCCGGCCCCUGCCCACACACAUCCCCCAGCACGUGGCCCUCCACCACCACCAGCACCACCAGCAGCAGCAGCAGCAGCAGCAGCACCCCAUCCACCACCAGCACCAGUACCCGGACACGCAGUCCUCCUCCUCCUCGCCGCAGCAGCCCCCCACCACGCCGCUGUCCUCCUCCUCCUCCCCGGCGCUGCCCCCCGGGGUGCUGGAGCAGCCCUGCUGCUCCGACGGCGACAACGACUCGCUCAACUCCACCACCAACUCCAACGAGACGGUGAACUGCAGCUCGGGCUCCUCGUCGCAGGACAGCCUGCGGGAGCCGCUGCCCCCGCUGGGCAAGCAGACCUACCAGAGGGAGAGCCGCCACAGCUGGGACUCGCCGCCGUUCAACAACGACGUGGUGCAGAGGCGGCAGUACCGCAUCGGCCUCAACCUGUUCAACAAGAAGCCAGAAAAAGGGAUCCAGUACCUGAUAGAGAGAGGCUUUGUGUCAGACACGCCGGUGGGGAUCGCUCGCUUCAUCCUUGAGAGGAAGGGCCUCAGCAGACAGAUGAUUGGGGAGUUCCUAGGCAACCGGCAGAAACAGUUCAACAAGGAUGUUUUGGACUGUGUGGUGGAUGAGAUGGACUUCUCCGGUAUGGACUUGGACGAUGCCCUGAGGAAGUUCCAGGCCCAGAUCAAGGUCCAGGGAGAAGCUCAGAAGGUGGAGAGGCUCAUCGAGGCCUUCAGUCAGAGGUACUGUGUGUGUAACCCAACGCUGGUUCGCCAGUUCCAGAACCCGGACACCAUCUUCAUCCUGGCCUUCGCCAUCAUCCUCCUCAACACGGACAUGUACAGCCCCAACGUCAAGGCCGAGAGGAAGAUGAAGAUUGAGGACUUCAUCAAGAAUUUGAGAGGGGUGGACAAUGGUCAAGACAUUCCGAGGGACCUCCUUGUUGGGAUCUACCAGCGCAUUCAGAAGUGGGAGCUGAGGACCAACGAUGACCACGUGUCCCAAGUCCAGGCCGUGGAAAGAGUCAUUGUGGGCAAGAAGCCUGUGCUGUCGCUGCCUCACCGCAGGCUGGUGUGCUGUUGCCAGCUCUACGAGGUGCCUGAUCCUAACAGACCACAGAGGACUGGAGUGCACCAGAGAGAGGUCUUCCUCUUCAACGACCUCCUUGUGGUGACCAAGAUCUUCCAGAAGAAGAAAACCUCAGUGACAUACAGCUUCAGACAAUCAUUUCCUCUGGUGGAGAUGCAAGUGCACAUGUUCCAGAACUCCUAUUACCCCCACGGUAUUCGCCUGACAUCAGCGGUGCUGGGCGGGGAGAGGAAAGUGCUCAUCGUCUUUUUGGCGCCCAGUCAGCAGGACCGUACACGCUUUGUCAGCGACCUCAGGGAGAGCAUUGCAGAAGUUCAGGAGAUGGAGAAAUAUCGAGUGGAGUCGGAGUUGGAGAAGCAGAAAGGCGUAAUGCGUACUGGGUUGUUGUCGAGCGGUAUGGUAAAGGGGGAAGCGGUGAACGGCUCCCUGGGACGGCCCAGCCUGGAUGACAACUAUUCAGCCGCUGAAGGCCUCAAACGCACGGCCCUCAGCUCAUCUCUCAGGGACCUAUCGGACACAGGGAAACGUGGUCGCAGGAACAGUGUUGGUUCUCUGGACAGUACCAUGGAAGGCUCCAUCAUUAGCAGCCCGCAGCCUCACCAGCGCUACACCGUUCCGGGCGUGGUCCCCGGCUGCUAUGGAACUGAAGACUACCGGCCGCAUCGCCCCAUCCUGAGCCCCGGAUCGGGGGUGGGGGGUGGGCCGGGGCAACAACACACCACUGCUGGGACGGGAGUGGGGGGGGUCCCCAGCAGUGUAGAGAGAUCAGGGGUGGGGGGGGUACCUGGGGGGGGGGUCAGCAGCAACAACAGUGGCUCCUUCCUCGGGUCCCUGUUUGGGAGCAAACGCGCCAAACCACCGGCGCCCCUCAUACCACCGGGGCCACCUUACCCCGCCCCUGUCCCCCCACCGACUACGGGAGGUCCCCCUCCUCACUCCCCUUCAUCCCUGUGCCAGUUGGACGGGGGGCCUUCCAAGAUCCAGGCCCUACAUGCACAGUACUGUCACACGGCCGUCGUGCAGCCGCCGCCCCCCUACUACCACCACCAUCGCUACCACGCACAAACUGUCCCGUCCCCUAUGCAGGGCGUUCCCACUCACACUAUACAGAGAAGCCCGCUACCCUGUCGCCCUCCGCUUGGGCCCACGCACGCGCAGCAGCUGGCGCAUCUCUCCCAGCUCUCCCAGCAUGGGCUACCGGGUCGGUACGGCAACACGGUGGUGGGCUGUCCUCCCCCCCUUUCUCCUCACUCCCAGCCGUCCCCGGGCCCGCAGUUCGGCCUGUACCACGCGCAGCCCAUACACUCUGUCAGAGGGGCCGGCGUCCCUGGCACCAAGCCGCCGCUCACACUGUCUCAUUCCCAGCCGCACCCCCACGCCCACUCCCACACCCACCCCGGUCACUCUCAAACCCCGCACCCGGUCCCCCACCCCGUCCACCAGACACACUUUAUCUUCGGCACGCUGCCCCACCACCACCACCACCACCAACCGUCCACCACCACCAAUGCACAUCCCGCCUCUACCGUCGGCCAGUAUCUGCCCCAGUACCCUCCGCUCUCUUCCAUCCCUCCUCCCCCACCACACUCCCCUUUACCCCCCCCUUCCUCCCCCCUUACCCCUCAUACACCUCUCUCCCCUCACCCCACUCAGCACCCCGGGCCGCCUCAGCAGGGCCCGCAGGGGAUGGGGGCGGGUCCUGCCGGCCCCGGGAGCAGCAGUUCCAAGUCCAAAGCUAUCAACCGGAUAAGCACCGUGGUCUGAGCAGGGGGUGGGGCUCCAAGGGUCAGAGGUCGGAGCGGGCAGAGGACACGGGGAGCCGGAGCAGGGCCCGGAGCCGCUCGACGAGGACCGACAGCAGCGGGGCGAGCGAGAAGAGGAAGCGCAGCUUGCUCCGCCUCUGCUACUUUCACCUCCGCUUCCCGCAUAUGUAAAGCGGUGACCAGUAGCGUAGAAGUUUGUUCACAUGCUCAGACACUGACCCACCGAACCGAGGCCACAAACAUACACGCUGACGUCAGAACACGUUCACAAUCAAUAAAAGCUAUAGCCAUAUAUCUUUAUUUUUAGUUGAAUGUGCAAGAAUUUGGCCCCUUUGACUGUUUCUGCGUUAUGACUUUGUGAGAGGCGAGGCAGUGUUAGAACCAACUCACAUAUAUAAGUAACAAGCCGUUUAUUUAUUGAUGUAAAAAAAAAAAGACUACUAGAAAUAUCGAUUAUGUUUAUUUGGGCGUUUGACAUUGUAAAAAGUUCUUGCAGAUAAUUGCAAAGAAACAAACACAAUCUGCAAUAAUCUCGUUAGCCUCUUAGUGUCUGUCAUUGUUUUCAGAUUUUGCUUAACUGUAAGACUCUUUAUUUUUCUCUAUUUUGAGCCUCAGAUGUGUUGCACUGUCCCAAAGUCUUUCGGCCUGUGCACGUUUUCUGGCUCCAUGGUCUUUUGCUCUACAGUUGUUUUCCUGUUGACAAAAGCCAGCUGGCUUAUUAAUAAAUAACCUUUAGUUUGGGAAGUGGGAAUUAAUUAUAUGAACAAUAAUCUAUUUGAGUGUUUCUGAAGCUUUUUUGCUGUUGUAUUGAUAUUAUUAUACUGUAUAAUACUGCUAUGAGUAUGAUGAAUAUUGUUUGAUAAAUGUUUUGAUCAGUGAUUAAUUAUAUCAGCGAUGUUUAGAUGACUAUAAUCAGUUUAUGCACACAUAUUAAUCCCCUCAACUCACGUAAACUGCUUGAGGGAGUUAUCGUAUGUGUAGGGAGAUUAUUUCCAUACUAUAAUGACUGCCAUUUCUUUUUUGGUCAAUAUUAAUACUAAUGGUUUAAACAUUAUGAAUGAGAUUGAGGACCUUUUGGAUGGUGGAACCUUUUCCUUCCUCCCUUUGCGUUGAGUGAGGAGAUUAUUUUUGCAAACAGAACAUGAGCUCUUGGGGAGAAAGAUACUCUAGAAUUUUGUAUAUGGCUCUGUGUAAAGAAAAGGGCUUCAGCCUUGCCAUAGAGUUAUAAAGCUAUGUUCCAUUUAGGAAGCCAUUAUUCCUUCAGAGGUAACUCUUUACAGCCAUUAAAACCAACUUGUUGCGCGUUUUGACACUCUACGCCUUUAUAAAAACGCACGCUUUUAAAUGCAGUUUUGUGUUUUUGCACACGAGUGAUGUCUUAAGUCAGCAAUGGCCUUCUUAUCCUCCUGCUUCAUCAUUCUUUAAAGAUCUCUGUUUACACUUUUGGACAUUUUCCGGGCCCCUGCUGAAUGGGCUUCUUGUUCAACAUAACCUGCGUGUGGAAUGUAAAAGACAACUUUUCUUUAUCUCAGUACCUCCUGGGUGUGCAGUCUCUUGUGCUUAGAGUCGUUUUUUAACAUGUAACAGUGCAACGAGAUAGGCCGGAAUUAGUGCCAUUGAUUACCGAGCAAAAUGGUGUAUCUUAUUAGGCAAAGGUAUGUGGUUCGAGACUGGUUUGGUAUCUGAAGUUGAUGAAGUUGUUAAUUGAGAUGCAGAAGAAGAAGGCACAUCAAAGACCUCAAGAAAUAAAGUGUAUUGUGACAUUUGGCGAGAUUUAGGAAUGUGAAAUGUAAAUGUUUUUCAGUACUUGUUGCUCUGCCUAUCGCUUCAAUGGUGUUUUCUUUCUUUUUGCAUGGGUAUAUCUGCACUAAUUGAAUGGAUUGUACUGUAUAAACCUAAAUGUACAUAAUAUAUUAUACAUAUAGGCUUUGUUUUGGGGUAAAUUACUCCUAUUCUGUUUCAGGUGCGUGCAUGUGAGUGCCACUAGGUAUGUAUAUAUGAGCAAAAGACAUGAAAGCAGAUUCAGUAGGCCAAAAUUAAAAUCUAUUUCCAUUUCUCUAAUUCAAAACAGAAGGUUAACUACCAUGAUAAAGGCCUACAAGUGUUAAUAUGUUAGGGUACCUAUUGACACCAAUUUAAAUAUACAAUUUUAGAAUUUUUAUUUGUGAAUGUAUCAAGUGUGUGCUGAAAGAGAUGUGAAUAUUUAUUGCUUAAAUUAAAAAAGCGUCCUUGCAGUGAAA